AAAUCUUGGAAAAAAUAUGUGUUAUUGUAGUCAGUUGUUUCAAUUUCGAAGCUUACCAUCGAUAAUACACAGAAGUUGAUGUCGUACCCUCCCAUUUUAUUGAAAAGUUGGUUAUUUCAGCAUUAAUGGGGUUCGUUGGCUCAAUGGAGAAUUAGGUUUCACGUCGGAAAGCUGCAGGAAAUCAAGCUCAACACGAUGGGGACGUUGCCUACAGAAAUGGUUGCGGGGAAGUACUACUCUAUUUACGAUGCUUAUUAUAAACAAGUCGAUCCAACAAAUAAGGGCAGUGUUGGUGCCAUGGAUGCGGCCAAGUUCUUGAAAACUUCCGGUCUAUCUGACAUGAUCCUUAGCAAAAUAUGGGAUUUGGCCGAUUCGAAUGGUAAAGGAUUCCUCACCAGGUCCGGCUUCUUCGUUGCUUUGAAAUUGGUCGCAUUAGUUCAAGCUGGUAAAGAACCAACGACCGGUAACUUAUCUUUGGAUGUGGCACCUCCUCAAAUGGGCGAUAAAGUACAACCACCUGCGAAAGUCUCCGCGUCGCCGACUUUGGGCGAAAGUGAAUGGGCUAUGAAACCUACAGAGAAGAUGAAAUAUGAUCAGUUAUUCGAUUCGUUGAAUCCGGCUAAUGGAUAUAUACCUGGGAGCAAAGUUAAAGGUUUAUUAAUGGAUUCCAAGUUACCAGUAGACACGUUAGGAAAAAUAUGGGAUUUGGCUGAUAUGGAUAAAGAUGGUGCUUUAGACAGACACGAAUUCUCUGUGGCAAUGCAUUUGGUUUACAAAGCGCUAGAAAAAUACGCAAUACCCAGCUGCCUACCUCCAGAACUGCUGCCUGCGGGCAAGAAAAAAGACUCGAUUAGCCUACCAGGUGCCAUACCAGUACUGCCAGCAGUUCCUGCGAUGCCUGCUGUACCGAACGGCGUCGAUCCUCUGCUUAAAUCCGUUACACCUCCUCUUGUACCUCCUCCAGCUCCUGCGCCUUCGAAACCGCCUCUAAUCCCAGGUCCUACGCCACCGCCGCUUAUACCGCCUGUUUCUGCUACGCCGCCUUUAAUCGCGCCUUUAUCAUCGUCAUCACCAAUACCUCCUAUUCCAGCAGCGGUGCCGAUCAAACCGUUGACUCCGCCUGUGCAAAAUGCUCCUGGCCUACCGGUCUCUGCUGCUUUUCCGGUCGAUAAUUUUAGUGCACCUGUCGAAGAACCUUGGGUAAUCAGUAAAGAAGAAAAGGUGAAAUACGACACGUUAUUCGAGCAAGCGGAUCUGGAUCGCGAUGGAUUCGUCUCCGGUCACGAGAUCAAAGACGUGUUUCUCAAAUCAGGCGUAGCUCAGCCGGUUCUAGCGCAUAUUUGGGGCUUGUGCGAUACCGCCGAACAAGGUAAACUGAACAACGAGCAAUUCGCGUUGGCGUUAUGGCUCAUCAGUCGCAAACUCAAAGGAAUCGAUCCUCCUGCUAAACUGACUCCCGAAAUGAUACCUCCAUCUAUGCGAAAACCAUCCGAAACACAGGCUUCGAACGAUCCAGCGGUAUUCACCAGUCAGGAAGUUACCCGAUUAUCCAAAGAAAUCGAAACCUUAGUCAAAGAGAAAUUAGCCCUCGAGACUGAUAUCACACAACGCGAGGCUGACAUCAAAAUUAAAGCUGGCGAAGUUAAAAGUCUCCAGGGUGAACUGGACGCACUGGUUGCAACACUCAAACAGCUAGAAAAUCAAAAAGGAGAAGCGUUUAAACGUAUUAAUGAUCUCAAAACACAGACUGCUGAAUUAGAAAGUAAAAUAGAUGAUACCAAAAGCGAAUUGGAAUUAGAACAAAUCGAGGUUGAUAAACUAAGACACCAAGCCGAAGAACAAGAAAAAACAUUAAAACAACAAGAAUCCGAAUUAAAUAAAAAGAAACAAGAAUUAGAUAACUUGAAAAAAGAUGAAUCCAAUCUAAGAAAGCAACGAGAUAAUUUGAAAGAAGAAAUAGCCCAGAUUACCAAAUCAUCCGGAGAAACGGAUGAAUUAAUUGUAGAAAUUAAAGAGAAACUAAUCGAGCUUGAAGACGUACAAAAACAACUCCAGGAUGCCAUCGCACACUUGGACAACGUGCUAGAAACUAAAAACCUCACUUCUUUGUCUGAGGUUUACCUUCAUGUCGAACCGAAAUUCAGAAACGAAUCGUAUUCCAGCAUGUUUAGUAAAAUUUUCAAAAUCACCGGGAGGGACGCUACAGAUCCUUUUGCUGAUAUGCAAGAACCUGAUGAGACAGAUUUUUCAAAGACUGAUGCGUUCGCAAAAGAUCCAUUUGCUGGAGAUCCAUUCGCUGCUAAAGAUUCUUUCCAAUCUAAUCCCUCGAGUAAUACUGGAUUUUCUUCAGAUCCAUUCGCUUCUUUCGGUUCAGGAAGCAAAAAACCUGAUCCAUUUGCAGCCACAAAUCCACCAGCUGCUGCUCAGGCUAACGAUCAAGAUGCAUUUGGAUGCGAUCCAUUUGCCAUACUUCACGCUCCAACAAAAGCUGGCAGUAACUUACCUAGUCCGGCUGCUCCACGUUCGGAAAGCCCGAGCCCAGCUCUGCCGCCAAAGAAAAGUAAACAGCCUCCUCCUAGACCAGCUCCUCCUCGGCCGGCUCCAUUAACCUUACCUUCUGGUUUCGAUGCUGAUUUCGCAGAUUUCUCUGGUUUCACUCGUAAACAGCAGGUUUCGACAGGUUUCAAUAGUUCGACAUCGACGUUAAAAUCGGAUCAUUCGACAACGGCCUCCUCCAAGGAUCCUUUCCGCGAUUACCGAUACGAUGACCCGUUCGAAAUAGCCGAUACUAGCGACGAGUGGGCUGUACCCAGAGGAGCAUCGGCGCCUACUUUUAUCGACUUGAAAAACGCAUUCGAUCCGUUCGUCUCGCUAUCGAAUAGCUCGACCCCGGCUCCGGUACCGGCCAACGGCUUCUCCAAGUCAUCGACACCGAUCAGCAGUCCAUUGCCGCCGGAAGAUCAACAGAUCGCUUGGGCCACCGCUGAAAGCGUCAAGGCGGAGAAAGAACGACGCAAGAAGGCCGCCGAACAAGAGAAAGCUGAUUAUAAACUUGCUCUGAAGUUGAGUAAACAAGAGAAUAAGAAGAGGAGCUUUAGGUCGAAAAUAUUGUCUUGAUUUUAUCGCUCCCUCCCCCCCUUACCAUCCUCGUUCGCUAUAUUAUUGUUUUUCAAGAGUUCGCCUCACUUCCCAUCCCCUAUUCUUUCAUCAAUUAAGUAUACUUACUCUCGAGUAUAUCAUAUCGAUUGGCAAUAGAUUUUACGUGUACAUAUCGUAUCCUAUUCUAUUCCCCUCCCCUCUCCUCUUGUUAAUAUUCCCUUUUUCCUUCAUCGUGUAUUAGAGAAGAAAAAUAAAGCUAUCAAUAUCGCUAGCUCUUUCAAGCACGAUCCUAUGUAUAUAAAUAUGUCUUUUUUCCUCUCUUUAAUUGGCUUUUACGCGCAUCUUUAAUAUCUAUGUGAGUGUGUAUGUGUGUGUGAGUCUCUUUUAAGUGUCAUUAACAUUACUCUCUACCUAUUGUAUGUAUUAAAUUGUUACCACACGAGUAGAAUAUCUCCUAUAUUUUACUAUAUCGAUAUUAGUAUUUUUACCCUUUUUUCCUUUCCCUUCCCCAUCCCCCCUCAUAUAUAUGUUUCCUGUACCCCUGUUUCUUUCUGAUCACGCUCGCGGCAACAGCAGCAGCAGCGCGAUGACGACUACAACGAUGGCGUAAAUAAUUAUAAAAUAAUUACGUAUUUAUUCCGUAGUAUUUUAUAUGUAUAUUUUAUUUUUUUGUAUAAAUAAUUAUUACCUGUAUUCGGUCGCGUUGAUAUCUUGAAAAAAAAUGUUCUCUGUACAACCUCAGCCUCGAGCUUAAAAAGUAGCUGUUUGGUUGGCACGAUUGAAAAUUUAUUUAAAAUAAAAUCUUCACAAUAUUAUACAUAGUAUUUUAUUCUAUUUUUUUUGUUUUUAAAUAAAAAAAGCGCACGAGGCAGUUUAAAUAUUUUAAUUUUUUGUAGUCAUUAUGAGUAUAAGUUUAUUCGCUCGUGUUAGAUGUGCACAAUAUGUAUUUAAAAAAAAAAAGUAGCUAAAGCAAAGCCAUGAUAAUAAGUUUAUAUAAGAAAGCGCCUUUCGUUAUACUUUAUACGUAUUUUGUAUACUGUUUAACCCUUCUACUACUAUACGUUAAUUAAAAAAUUUUUCAGUUUAUUAGCAAAUUCAAAUGCCAAAAAAAAAGAGAGCUCAAGCAUCGUUUAGUUAAUUUAUAAAUUUAUGUAUGUUGUGUUUUAUUUUUUUUGUAUCGGUUUUAUUUUUUAUCGUAUAUUAUUAUAUUAUACAUUGUUUUAAAAAAAAUAUAUAUGUUGAUCCCUGCGAUCUCUCUUUGCUCUCAUGACGUCAACAAAGACGCAAUAAUAGUAUCCUAGGAUGUAGGUGUAUCUGUAUUUUGUAUUUGUAACUCGAAGUUGUUGAUACGUUCUCUCGAGUUAGAUGAAUUGUUGGCAAUAAUGCGUUUUUUUUUUUUAAUUAACCGAGACUUUUUUUUUGUUUGUUUUUUGUUUCGCAUGUAUUAUUUAUUUUAGCCCAUCAAGACACAUCGAUAAAUGUAUGUUAAUUUAUGAAUGCAUUCCAUUGUUCUAUUAUUGUAUUUUCCUUUAUUUUUUUUGUCGUUGGUCGCAACAAAUAUAUUACAUUUUAAUCCGGUUUA